AUGAAAUCAGAACGUAAUGCUGUUAUUAAAAAUAUACGAAUACUUUUAAAAGCUCUAGCUAUAGAUCAACAAGUCGAUGAAGAAACAACAGAGACAGGUACCAACAACAACUCCUCAACACAUCAAAAACGUAUUAAAAUAGACACUGUACACGAUGUUCUCAAGUCUUUUAAUGCAUUUGUAGACUCAUCAUCAGACGAUGAUGAUAAGAGGCCGAUGGAUAAAGUAGAUGAUUAUAUUAAAGCGAAAAUAUCAUACCCAAAAGGAGAAUCACUUUUACAACGGUGGCAAAAACACUCUAUUAUAUACAAAAAGUUAUCAUUAUUGGCAUGUUCUCUCUUAGCAGUACCUGCAGGUUCUGCUGUAUCUGAAAGAAUAUUCAGUAAAACAGGUCGGAUUCUUGAAGUUCGACGUCAACAAAUAUCACCAGAAUCACUUGACUCUCUUAUUUUUUUACGAAAUUUUUCAGUUGUUUUGUAUAAAUUGAAGAUGUAUUAUUGA